AUGAGCUGUCGCUGGACAGAUCCCCCUUCAUCGGCUCUCCUUCAUCAGCAAGUUGGCGACGAGCGGUGGAGGAGAAGCAACCGCGGAAAGUUACAAGGCCACCGACAGCGGGACAGCGGGAACUUAGAGAGGAGGAGGAGGAGGAGGAGGAGGAGGAGGAGGAGGAGGAGGAGGAGGAGGAGGAGGAGGAGGAGUAGGAGGAGGAGGAGGAGGAGGAGUAGGAGGAGGAGGGGGAGGUGCGUCCUCGGUGUCAGGCGGUCGUCGUCCUCAGUGUCAAACAACUAA